AUAUUGUUACUAAGUUUAAGCUGGGGGCAAUUGUCAUCAUUUGACUUAUAAGCUAAAAUAAUAUGAGCGGCGCAUGUUCCUCUAGGUUAAAAUCCUUACUUAUUUGCCAAUCAUAUUCUAUUGCUUUUAUAUCAAUGGUUUAUCAUCUGCAAAGUCUUCGGGGUUUGGAGUUAACGUAGCAGGACCGGGUUUUCUCCUAUUAGAAAUACUGACAUGCGUUUAUGCCUCCUUUGAAUGACGCCAGCCACAUUCUAAUCACUAGCAUAGGUAAUUUGUAUACAUAUCAUUGAACACUGCAAUAUUCAACGGGCAACUACACGGCCUAAUUGCUCGGAGACUUUAAAGGGGCAUCUUCGGAGACUUUUCCUAUGAAUUCCGUGUAUGUAGAAGAUGAAGUCAUCCCGGGGUUAUCAUGGUUAAGACCGCUUAAUGCAGAUGGCAGCCUGUGAAAAAACUAAGAAUUGCAUCUAGAGUCUCAAUGCAAGCAUCGGCGACAUCUUCAAAUCGCCCCAGCUGGCGACUAUAUAGAUCUCGACGAUGAAGCAGAAUAUCCCAGGACUCAUUCCAAGGCACAAGACUACACCAAGGAUAAAUCCACACAGCCCUAUCUAAAACCAACUAGAUCUAUCUACUCAUUUAUCUACUCAACGCUAUCAGCGAUAAACUUAUCAGCAAUAAUGGCCACUUACGACAGAAAUACCGAAGGUCUCGAACUUGUUCACAAGUUUGCUGACCAGGUGAAGGGAAAAACUUUCCUCUUAACUGGCCCAAGCCCCGGCGGCAUUGGUGCCGAGACGGUCACCUCGCUUGCCACAGAGUCCCCAGCUCUACUUAUCCUCGUGGGGCGCUCCCCAGAGAAGACGCAAACCGUCAUCGACACCAUCAAAAAUAUCAACCCUAGUGUUAAGACCAAGUUCGUCCAAGCCGACUUUACCUCGCUCAAGAGCGUCCGGAAGGCAGCGCAGGCUAUCCUCGACGACCCCGAGAUCACCAAGAUCGAUGUGGUGAUCAACAACGCGGCCGUCAUGGCGACUCCUCUCGAGCUGACGGAGGACAAACUAGAGCUGCAAUUUCAGUCUAAUCAUCUGGGCCACUUCGUCCUGACCAAUAAGAUCAUGCCUAAGAUCAUCGCGGCCGGACCUGGCGCAAGGCUCGUCAACCUCACUAGUUCCGGGCAUAGGAUCGCGGGUGUGCGUUUCGAAGACCCGAACUUCACGCAGCCGGGUUCAUACAGCGAAUUCGCGUCCUACGGACAAUCCAAGAGCGCCAACAUCCUGUACACGGUGGGCCUGAACAAGCGCCUCUCCUCGCGCGGUAUACGCGCCUUCGCCGUGCACCCGGGCAACAUCCAGACGAACCUACUGCACUACCUCAAUCAGAUGGACAGCGCGCACCUAACGUCGAUCCUGGACGAUGCCGCGCAGAAGGUCGCGGGCAGGACGAUCGCUGAGCAGUGGGUCGUCGAUCCGUACAAGACGCUGCAGCAGGGUUGCGGAACGACUCUCCGCGCAGCUCUAGACCCGGAUUUGGUCAAGGAGGAGGGCGUCUUCUUGCAGAACACUAACCUGACGACUGAUCCCAAGGACGUUAAGGAAUGGGCGACGGACCCGGAGCUCGCGGAGAAGUUGUGGAAGUUGAGCGAGGAGCUGGUGGGUGAGAAGUUUGAUAUCUAAGGGCCAGCUGUGCAAGACGAUGGAGUGUUAUUGUAGAAUGUGAAAUUGUAUUGAUAUAGUUGAAAAUAUAGACAUGGCAUAUCUAUAAGUAUGGCUUCUAUUCUUGACUAGUUAAUGUUUUGUAAAAGUAAAUCUAGGAGUUGUUUCGAACUCG